UAUACCAAAAAGGGAAAAUCGAAAAAUAAAUAAAUUAAAACUCAAAAGAAAUUCAAUAAAUUGAAAUGAUUUAUUUAUAGGGAGUAAACCAAAUACAUUAAGGAUGAAUAUGAUGUUUUUAUUGCAACAAAAUAACAUUUUCUCAAUUAAGAUAAGACUUGAUUGCUCCCCAAAGGGCAAAUUCACAUGUUAAAACAGUACAAGAAACACUAAAGAAGUCGAAAACACAUUAUAAACAACAGAACAAUAAAGGAAUAAACAUAAAAAAAACUACAUACAUUAUAUAUUGCAGUACUUUGCUUAUAUACCCUACAUGAUUUGUGCAUUAUGCAAACAUUUGUGCAGUUAAGUGAAUGUAGCAUACAUAACAUUUUACAGAUUUAUUUUAUAAUAAUUAUGUAAUUAUUUUAUUUUAUAUUAUAACAUUUUCUAAUAAUAAUAACAGACCGUUAGUUAUGGACUGCUGGGAUGAUCUAACAAGCGUGGAAUAAUGUUAAAUCCAUGUUUUCUCAGAAUUAAUAUUAACGGUAACGGCAAUCCUCCGGUACAGCCGUGGUCUCUGAUAUUCCGACGGCAGUGAAGGCAGCACAGGCCUGGGGGCGGGGUUUAGAAAAGCCCCUGUGUGAGUCACGAUUCCCCUAAACGCAACAGACAGCAGCGGUGAUCCAACACAACCGCUGUACCACAGACAGCAGCACCGACUCGCUGCUUUAAAAACACUAUAAACAGUAAAAGUAAAAUAAAAAAUGUCGCUACCGUCGCUGUGACUGAACCCUCGGCUCCGCGGGCAUCCAUGGUCUAUUUCCCGGGGAUGCAAACCGAGGCGCACAGCGUCAAGCCGGGUAAGCUGGUCGAGAUGUUUGACUCGUCUUGGAGGGUGCGGAAUAUUUGGGACGGGGUGAGGAUGGAGGUGGUGGAGGACCGCAGCCCGGUGGUCCUGCACAGCUUCACACAUCUGGACCCGGACCUGCCGCUGAUGGAGAGCUCGACGCAGGAGAUCGGCGAGGAGGCCGAAGACGACGCCAUCUUCACCAUCACGCUGAGGAAGGUGCAGCUUCACCAGUCGGCCAGUAAGGGGCAGCGAUGGCUGGGCGUGGAGACGGACUCAGCCCUGAGCCUCUACGAGACCUGCAAGGUGCGGACGAUCAAGGCCGGCACCCUGGAGAGGCUGGUGGAGUACAUGGUGUCAGCGUUCAGAGGCAAAGACUCCACCUACGUCACCAUCUUCCUCUGCACCUACCGCUCCUUCGCCACCACCAAGCAGGUGCUGGAUCUCCUGCUCCACAGGUAUGCCAAGCUCCAGAAUGUCCCUGCAGCCACAGCGCACAGAGUCUCGCAGGACGACUGCACAGAGCUGAGAAACACUGUUUCGUCCAUCCUGGGCGCGUGGCUGGACCAGUACUCUGAGGACUUCUGGACCCCUCCGAACUACGACUGUCUGCACCAGCUUCUGUCCUACCUUCACCGCCACUUCCCCGGCUCGGACCUGGAGCGCCGUGCCCGCAACCUGCUGGCCCACUUCCACCGCCGACAGCAGUGUGAGCCUGAUCCUGAUGGGGAACACAUCGGCUGCCCUUUUGCUACGCAGGAAGAGAGUGGCUUUGAGGACGAGCUUCCUGGUUUUAGUUUCCUGUCGUUUGACCCCAUCAUGGUGGCAGAGCAGUUCACGCUCAUGGACGCGGAUCUGUUUAAGAAGGUGGUGCCCUACCACUGCCUGGGGGGGAUCUGGUCUCAGCGGGAUAAGAAGGGGAAGGAGCACCUGGCUCCCACCAUCAGAGCCACUGUGGCCCAGUUCAACUCCGUCACCAACUGUGUCAUCACCACCUGCCUGAGCAACCCGACGCUGAAGCCCAACCAGAGAGCCAGGCUGCUGGAGAGGUGGAUAGACGUGGCUCGGGAGUGUCGGAUCCUGAAGAACUUCUCCUCGUUGCGAGCCAUCCUCUCCGCCCUGCAGUGCAACGCCAUCCACCGCCUGAAGAGGACGUGGGAGGAAUUGUCACGGGAGAGUUUCCGCACUUUCCGCGAGUUGUCCGAGAUCUUCUCAGACGACAACAACUACUCCCUCAGCCGAGAGCUGCUGGUGAAGGAGGGCACCUCCAAGUUCGCCACUUUGGAAAUCAACCCCAAACGAGCUCAGAGGAGACACCAGCAGCAGAGAGACCUGGGAGUGAUGCAGGGGACGAUUCCUUACCUAGGGACCUUCCUGACGGACCUGGUGAUGAUGGACACUGCCAUGAAGGAUUACACUGAGGGUGGUCUGAUCAACUUCGAGAAGAGGAGAAAGGAGUUUGAGGUGAUUGCUCAGAUCAAACUGCUCCAGUUGGCCUCCAACAACUACAGUUUCACUCAGGACAGCCACUUCAGAGAGUGGUUCGCAGGCGUGGAGAAACUCAGCGAGGCAGAGAGCUACAAUCUGUCCUGUGAGAUCGAGCCUCUGUCGGAGUCGGCCAGCAACACGCUCCGAGCCAAGAAGAACGGAGGAAUCAUGAAACGCUGGAGCGACCGGCAGUUGACGGAGGCCGGCUGCAGCAGCGCCCCAGGAUCUCAUUCCAAGUCGUUCGACCACUCGCACUACAGACCGUACCAAGGAGGCGGGGGGGACAGCGGCGACGCCCUCAGCGUCACCUCUGUCAGCUCCAGUGGUUCAGACCUGGAGGACGUGAACGCCAGCUUCCUGUCCGAUUCUCCGGAGGGACAUGAGAGAAAAGUAAGAAGGAAAGACGGGAUAGAGAAGUCACUGCAAACAUUUACCAGUAUAAAGACGUCGACUCCUUCAGUGAAACUCACCGUCUCUGCUUUGGGGAGAGAAGCUCCAGCAGCAGAUACAACAUCAACGUUCUGGGAGUGUACGUCUCUGUCGUCUCUGGACACCUCCGGUUCGGCCUCCGGCUCCAGCAGCGCCUCCUCCUCCUCCGUCUCCUGCUCCACCCCGCUGUCAGCCUCCCGCUCACACAAACGCUCGGUGUCUGCGGUGUCGAACUACUCGACUCUGUCGCUGCCGCUGUACAACCAGCAGGUGGACGACUGCUGCAUCAUCAGGGUCAGCCUGGACGUGGAGAACGGCAACAUGUACAAGAGCAUCCUGGUGACGAGUCAAGACAAGACUCCGGCCGUCAUCAGGAAAGCCAUGAUCAAACACAACCUGGAGCGAGAGAAGACCGAGGACUACGAGCUGAUGCAGAAAAUCUCUGAGGACAAAGAGCUUCGGAUCCCGGACAAUGCCAACGUUUUCUACGCCAUGAACUCCACUGCCAACUACGACUUUGUGCUGAAGAAGCGCGGCUUGGCCCGGCCGGUGCGGGCCAAGAACGUGGCCAGUUCGACGCUGCCUCGCAUGAAACAGAAGGGACUGAAAAUCGCUAAAGGGAUUUUCUGAGGAGAAACGCACCACUUCCUGCCUCCCCUCCACCCCCUGAACCCUCUCUGGUCUCCACUCCUCCUCAGAAGAAACAUUUCUGUUCGGGUCUGUUGGAGGCAAACUAACCUGAAGUAUCUGAGUUUUGGUUUGGACAAAGACUGAGACGCCAGAGGAGCAACCUUUCUGUGGAUUAGCAGAAAGCAGAGGAGUACCUUAGCACUUAGUAACAGCUGUCGUGUCAUCAGGACCCUCCGAGGACGUUAAAAGACCGAGUUUGACGCAGGAAACGCCCACUGGUGAAGAAGUUCGUUUGUGGGGAAAAAACAAACAGCUGCGUUGGAGUCGGGCGCCGCUGCUCGGUGGCUGAACUAGUCGAACUCUGUACCAGCCUCCACUCGGCGUGAAACUUCACCUAACUGGUUGUGUCAGCUUGUGGAGAAGCAGAUCCAUUUCAUUUCCUGGUCUUACUUUUUGUUUACAACUGUUUACACCUUAACAUCACUCGGUCAGCUCUUAAACAUUUUUGUUCAAGCCUCUUGUUCGCGAGAUUUUUUUUGCACCUUCGAUAAAACAAUUUUUUAAAACCCCGGCGUCCCUCGGCAGCCUUCCUUUUUUCUUCUGCAUUUUACUUUUCAGUCUUCAUGCACGCCCCCUCCUUCAUGGAGUGUACAUUAACGAACAAUACGAAGCCGCAGCGAGUAAACACAGACGUGUGUAACAGCUGGGGGUUCGAAUGUGUUUCUAUUUCUUCAGGGAACUUUUGUUGUGAGUGUACCGCCGCCUUUACCGUCUCGCCCCGGGGUUCCUGAUGUCGACAGUGUGUCUAAGACUGCAGCACUGAACCUUUCGCCCUCCGCUCUUGGUCGCUGGGACUCAUUUCAGCAUUUUAACACCAGCGACGCUGACAUGGAGGGAUCUGAACUAUUUUCACUUCUGAACGCUGCCAUGUUGGAAAAAAACAAAAGGUCAAGUAGUCUAAAAAUGGAGACACGGUGUCAAAAUCCAGUGGGCGCAGCCAUGAAUCACAUGCCACUGUUGUCUUUUCUUUUUUUUUUUUAUUAUUAAUGAAUCGUAACCACUACACCGUGAAGGAUGUGGCAGUCCUUCGAUCGCACUUGACCGGGACAGAAAACGUUCCUGAAAGAAGAACAAGUGAGCUGAAAACAAACAAACAAAAAAAAAACAGUGUAUAUAUCAAUUAACACCAACUGUGCAGUAUAUUCUUUUGAAACGGACCAUGAGAUUUUGUUAAUAGACUCGUCACAAUAUCAACACUUAUUUUCAUUUUGCUUUGUACAUUUUUUUUUCGCAUCUCUCUGCUCUGAUAUGGUGCUGCUAAUUAUCCUUCUGAAGAUGUCAUUCGAGCCGCACUUCACUGCUUUCUUUACUUCCUGACCGCCGGCCGCCAUGUUGGAAGACAGCAGAAACGUCUCUUCUUACCUGCUGAGGGAGACGUUUUAAUGUCAUGUUUGCUGUUCGCAGAAGACUAUUGUUUAAUCUUUCAAACAGUCGACCGUAUGGAAGCCCAUUUCUGCCAGGAAAAAAAAACAUUUUUGAAAUACCAUGAAUAAGGGUGACACUGCCGAAUAUUUUGUUAUUGAUUGAUAAUUUAUAAUCAGAUAUAAUCAAUUAAUGUCAGAAAACAGUGAAAAGUGCCUGUUACAUUUCUCUUACGCCCAAGUUAAUGUCUUCAAUUAGCUUGUUUUGCAGCAAAUGUUGUUCAUUUGAAGCAGUAAUAAGGGAUCUUUGGUAUUUUUUUGCGAGAAAGAUUACUUUAAACGAUUAUCAAAAUAGUUGCCGAUGAAUUUUUGCUGAUCGAUUAGUCAACCAAUUGUUUUAGGUCUAUCCAUGAGUAUUUUUAUCAUUCCUAAUUUUUCUUCAAAUGUUUUCUUUUUCUGGCAUGAAUGGGCUUCCAUACCUUCUAAGACACUAAAAGCUGACUUUAAGGUAUUUCAGUGAAAGCUGUCAUUAUUUUAUAUUAAUAAUCAAAAACAAGAUAUUCUUGUCAGAUUCUGCAGUAGUUACUUUCUGGCUACAACAGAAUGGUCAAAAAUGUAAACUACAUAAAAUCAUCAAAACAAUAUUCAACAUUUUUCUGGCUGUGUAACAAUAUUCAAAUUUUUCUGAUAUUUUGGUUUAACCCUGGACCCUAACAUUGCAUGGGAAGAAGCGAUAGACUCUGGUUUAGUGGUUUAGUUCUUCCAACAUGGCGAAUCACCCUUCACAUCCAUUAGUAACCACUUUCCAAAUGUGCCAUGACAGGCUUGUGUGCUGUAGACGCACCCUUCGAAUCCAGUUGAUUUAUCCUGCAGGACGUUUUCUUGCGGUGUCAGCUGUGGUUUUACGUGCCGGUGAUGACAACAGAGUCUUUCCGCUGUGGGCUCUCUCUUAUAGAAAGUGUGGAAAAGAUGGAUUUUGAUUAUUUCCACAUGUGGGAAACUGGUCAAAGUGCAGAAAAGCUCCUUGAAUCGGGCCGUAAAGUGUGUUAAAGGUUGUUCGUAGGAGCCCAGAUGAACGAUGGUGAUGCUGCCAAACUGCACGUGAGGGAACUGACUCUUCUCUCUCCUCUCUGUGCUGUAAAUGAUCUGUUUCUUUAAAAGGAAAAAUCCAACCUAAAACACUUUAUCACUGUUACAAAAAAGCUAGUUUUUCAGAUCCAUUUCUGGGGUCCAUAUUUCUUUUAUUCCCAUGCAUGCGAAGUUACAUUUCUAACAUUUUUAAAAGGCUUCUUUUCUGGAUUCUGCAUUUUCUCUCUGUUUGCACACCGUUAGCGAAGCCCAACCCCCGUAGUUGCUGUUUCUGCACCUGUCAAGCUCUCCAUUCUCACAAGGCACAUAUGCAGUUUACAGUGACAACGGUGGCAGAUUUACCAUCAAAGUUCUUAGUAUUUUCUGAAACAAAUGGGUCCUUGAUUUCAGACAAAAGUAGAUAAAAGCUGCUUCUCAUUUCUGGCCGGCGGCCUGUAAUUUUGCCGGCUGAAAUACCAGCUGUCGCUAACAGAUUUAGUCAGCUGUAGCUAGCUAGCUAAUGAAGCUAAUGUUGGCUUCAUGAGUUUGUUGAAAACACCUCCGGCUGACUUUUUUUUAUGUUUCCAGUUUGUUUAAAACGAGAACCCUUUAAAUGGGGUCUUAAAUAUGCACUUAUGCUACGUACAUGAUAUCAUGCUAAAGCUAACAGGUUUGAGGGAAAAAGUCAACAUCCUCACCAGUUGAUGAUCCAUGCAAAAGACAUGGAAAUAAAGAAACAGCAUUUUUUCUUGUAUUGAAGGGUAGAGUUAUUAGUCAUGGUAUUGUAAGUAUGAUAAGGCAAAAUGUAAUGUAACGCCGAUCCCAGUUUGGCUGCUUAGCUUACGUACUAUCUCGGAUAACAUAGGCUGGGGUUGCUGGAGUGUAAACUCUCCCAAAUCCACUAAAAAGCAGGACAGAGCGGCUAACGUUAGCCUAAACUCUGAUAGCAUCCGGGACCGGCUUCCACACACAGUGGGGGAAAUACUACAAAGUAGAUGUGCUAGUCAUGAACAGGACCUUUUUUUUUUUAACAUAACCUGUAAUGAUGUGCUCCUUGGCCCUGAAAGUAACACUUGGUUACUACUGUUGGUUGUGAGCUAGUUAGCCUGACAUGCUAACGUUUGUGGCUUAUGGUAGAGCAAACAAAACACACUGUUUAAUGCAUUUCUUACGCUUUUGCUUUUGUGUUUUGGAAAGGCUACCACACUUUUAAACUCUUUCAGAAUUCAGAGUAUCGCUGUCACUACGACUCCACGCUAACCGCUUCAACACGUGGAGAAAUCCCAUUUUCAAACCCCUUCUGUUGUGCUGUCGCAUAGCAUCCUGGGAAAUGUAGGAAAUCACUAAGGCAAAAUGAGUUCACCAAAAAACACUUCAUGACUGAAUAUCAAAGGUUGGAUUUUUCCUGAGUUGUUCAUAUCACCUGCAACAAAACACUAAAUUCGCCUGGAUUGCACUGCAACCAUGUAUUGCCUUUUUUUUGUUAUUUUCACCUGCAUGAAGUUCAUAAUUCUCUUAACGAUCAAAUGAAUGAAACGCCCAAAAAAAAAAAAAAAGAAGAAGAAGAAGAAGAAACCUGCGAAAGCAAUAUGGUGACGAGCGGCAGGAGGCACGUCGUGGAUGUUGUUCGUGCCACUGUGGCGUGAAAUCCUUCGCUGUUCAACACUGUGACCUUUAACCCUUUCACUCUGCCCUCUCUGCCUGUUGAUCAGCGCGUCAUGUCGAGCACUGUGAACAAACCCCCCCCCUCGUCUUGUUCGCCCUUAAUGGCGUCGUAGUGAACAUCCGCCCUUUGCUCAUCUUGUUGGCAAGCGGCGAAGGCAACGGGCUUGACCCUACAUGUGCCAAAAAUAACAAAGAAAGUGAGAAAAAGGUUACUUUUAACAGAUGUCUCCUCUGCCUUUCACAGUGAAAAAAAAAUCUAGUUUGUAUGUUUACUGUUGUCGCAUUUUUCUGGAAAACAAAAAAAAGGGUGAGAACAAAACAUUUGUCUGGACCCAUUUCCCUGUGGAGAAUUAGACUGUCGUCCAAGAGACUUGAAGCAAAGAUGCUGCAGAUGAAGCUGUUGUAGAAACCCCACUUUCAUGAAUUUAUCCUCCUAUUUUUCACGUUUUAAUGUCUUUCGGGAUAAAAACAGCUGCGAAAUUUCAAAUAUUCCAAACUCUCUGCCAUCAAAAUCAGCAGUUUUUAACCAUAAACCAGGUUUUUAUUCCAACCAAACUCUACAUCUGAGGUGCGUUCACUGAAAAAAUGUAGCAGCAAAUCUCUGGUUGAAUUGUGAGUACGAGUGGUCGACAGUGUCAUGAGUUUCUGAUCCUGCACACCUCAACAAGAAGACUUUAUGGUGUGUAAGAACUUUGUUAAAAUUGUUAACCGAUUGAAUAUUACUGUAUAUAUUUCCUCCCACUGGUGCUCAACAUUUAACAUCAGACUUUGAGAUAUUUUUUUCUGGUUUUUGAGGCCAAAUUUCAGGGAUGAAAACCGCUUAAAACCCACUACAUCUGUGGUGAAAACCCUGCAGAGCAGUGGUACAAACUUUAAGAGUGUUACAAACGUUCAUCAACGCAGUGUAGUGAUAUAUUAGAUAUAUGUACUUUCAGUGAUAUUCCUCCUCCAUUCUUUCAUAGCAACUUGUUUGCGACAGGACCUUCAAUGCACCGCGGUGCCUGUGAAAAAGUGUUUUCGUAUCUCCUACUUGAUGUCACAAACAGACUAUAAGAGUCAGUUAACUGCAGCUGAUCCACGAGCAGUCGAAACUGAGCAGUAUCUGUUGCACUCCUCUUAAAGCUGAUUUACAGAUUCCUAAAAAAAAAAAAGACAAAUUUACUAUUUAUUAAAACUCUUUUAAAAACAGCUCACAAAUAUAUAGUUUAAUUCCUUUUUUUAAAGGUCUCAAUAAUUUCCUAAAACAGCUGGUCACUUUUCCAAACAUACCUUGAACGCAGCGUCACUUCCUUCUCUGUGGCGUUUGGUUGGAUUAAAAACUUUCGUAUUAUCUGGCCGUUCAUUAAAAACAAACCAUGCCUGGUCCCGGUUCCAGUGAUUCCUCGUUUUCCCGGUUGAACACAGUAACGGCAGCGUUUCUGCAGCAGCUUCGUCUCUACUUUGAAGUGUGUUUGCGUUCUCUGAGAACGUAGACAUUGUGCACACGAGUGGAACUUUAAAUUAAUUUCCGGACCCGGCGAGCGUCUUAUGUGCUGAUGAGGUUGACGUUGGACCGGUUUGUGUGUCGUCGUAGCCCGUGUUGACAAUGACGUUGUGAUUUGACCUGAUUCUGUGCGAGUUUGAACAAAAAAAGGCUGCGUUUACAAAAAAAAAAUACUAAAAACUGGAAACCAGCUGGCGUGGUGUGUGUGUUUUUAUUUCUAUUUUUAUUUUGUUGUUGUUUUGUUCCCCUGAACUGUGCUCGGGUGCCAUUUUCCAUUUUAACAAAAGGAUUUCAGAACUUUUUCUAACUGCAGUCUCUUCUUUGUUUUACUUUUCCCAAGAACACAAAACCUACGUAGAAAUACAAAACUGCCCUUGGUUAUGUUUUUGUUUAUUUAUUGAUUUGUAUAUAGAGAUUUUGUUUUGCAUUGUACAUUCUCUCCUUUCUUGGUUAUAGAUUAAUAUAUUCAUGUAUAUACGAAUAAACAUUAAGUUUAUAAAAGUAAAAA